GCUGCGGGACACAGAGAGAGUCUCUCUUCUUCACAAACGGAGGAUUUAAACAUCCACAAACUACUGAAACUGCUCACCUAACCAGCUUUGUUGCUAGCUAGUUAAGUUAUCCUCCAGUCUUCCGUUUUUUUUACAGGGAUAUUCAGACACUUUUUUUUCUGAAAACUCUUCACUUUGCCUUUUUUCGAGUUUCUGUUCUGAGCUAAUUUAAGCAAACAGGAUUAGUUGUUUAGAAGGAAAACAGCAGUUUCGUUGCGAUUUAACAGACUGGAAGACGAAUCUGCUUGCUUAAAAUAACGUAAUGGAAACUGUUUCUUCAAUUAUGCGAUGAAGUUUUGUGUGCUAGUGUUUUUAUUCUUUUAGGUGGCGUUUGGAAACAGGCCCAUAUUCAUUAAUCUGUCUUUAAGAUGAACAGUUUUUCUUACUAUAAAACCAAGGUCUGAAUUAUGAGCUCGAACCGACUCCGCUCCCAGCAGCAGCAGCAGCAGCCCCAGCCGGCUCCAGCCUCCUUACCGCCGAGCGAGGCCAUUGAGCUGGGCACAGUGCCUCACUCAGCGGCCGAGGAGGAGAGCCCGUGCCCGCCCGCCUCCAGCUCCAGACAGGCGUGGAGCCGGGACAACCCUGGUUUUGAGCCAGAGGAGGGCCUAAUGGGGGCCAGCUGGGCCCCGGAGAGUCCCGGACGGAGGUCUCUGUCCACGGCUUCCAGCGGCAGCAGCGGCCUGGGGAGCUUCAGCGGCAGGAUCCGCGGAGGGCUUUCGCCCGGGCGACCAGCAGAGGGCACCCAGCACGGCUGGAGCAAGAGGAUACUGUCAAAAAUCAGAGUUUUGUGGGGAACACGUCUGAUGGAGGAGCAUGACAGCAGCAGGGAGGUGUAUCUGAAGAAUGUUCUGAGGGAGAUGGUCACCUACCUCUUCUUCCUCAUCACUCUGUGCAUCAUAACAUAUGGGAUGGUGAGCACCAACAUGUACUUUUACACCAAAGUCAUGUCUCAGCUCUUCCUGGACACACCAGUGUCAAAUGGAGAUCCUACAACCUUCAAGACCCUCUCAACCAUGGAGGACUUCUGGAAAUACACAGAGGGGCCUUUUCUAAAUGGGAUGUACUGGGACAUGUGGUACAACAACAAGAGCCUGCCAGAGAACCAGAGUCUCAUCUAUUAUGAGAAUCUCCUCCUGGGAGUUCCUCGCCUCCGCCAGGUCAAAGUGCUCAACAAGUCCUGUCCUGUGCAUGAGGACCUGAAGGACGAGGUCUAUGACUGCUACAGCACCUACUCGCCUGCCAGUGAGGACAAGGCAGCCUUCGGCCUCAAAAACGGCACAGCGUGGGUGUAUUCUGAGGAGAGCUCUCUUGGAGAGGGCAGCUAUUGGGGUGAAGUGGCCACGUACAGAGGAGGGGGUUACUACCAAGACCUGUCCCGCACCCGAGAGGAGUCCGCCAGGCAGCUGCGAGAGCUAAAGGACAACCUGUGGCUGGACCGUGGCACCAGAGCGGUGUUCCUUGACUUCUCUGUCUAUAAUGGCAAUGUCAACCUCUUCUGCAUCGUCAGAAUGCUAGUGGAGUUUCCUGCCACCGGAGGCGCUGUGACAUCUUGGCAGUUCCAGACAGUGCGCCUGGUGCGGUACAUAUCCAGCUGGGACUACUUUGUUGGUGCAUGUGAGGUGGUCUUCUGCCUCUUUGUGCUCUACUACAUGGUGGAGGAGGUGCUCGAAAUUCGUCUGCACCGCCUGCACUACUUUAAGAGCCUGUGGAACUGUCUGGACGUCGCCAUAGUAACACUGAGCGUCCCCGCCAUCAUCAUGAACAUCUACAGGACAUCAGCGGUCAGUAACAGGCUGAGGUGCCUGCUGGAGAACCACAGCACAUAUCCGAACUUCGAACGGCUCGCUCAGCUGCAGGUUCAGUUCAACAACCUGGCUGCAGUCAUCGUCUUCCUCGCCUGGGUCAAGCUCUUUAAGUUCAUCAACUUCAAUAAGACCAUGAGUCAGCUGUCCACCACGAUGUCCAGAUGUGCAAAGGAUCUGCUGGGCUUCGCAAUCAUGUUCUUCAUUGUGUUCUUGGCAUACGCGCAGUUAGCUUACCUGGUGUUUGGCAGCCAGCAUAAUGACUUCAGUACCUUCCAGGCCUGCAUUUUCACACAGUUCCGGAUCAUUCUGGGAGACUUUGACUUCUCUGAGAUUGAGGAGACAAACAGAGUCCUGGGGCCAAUCUACUUCACCACCUUUGUCUUCUUCAUGUUCAUGAUUCUGUUGAACAUGUUCUUGGCUAUCAUCAAUGAUACAUACUCAGAAGUGAAGGCUGACAUGGCACAGCAAAGAUCUGAAAUGGAGAUUACAGACCUCAUUAAAAAGGGAUACCACAAGGCCAUGGUAAAACUGAAGCUGAGGAAGACUACGGUGGAUGACAUCUCCGACAGUUUACGCCAGGCUGGAGGGAAGCUCAACUUUGAUGAACUCCGACAAGACCUGCGAGGAAAGGGACACUCAGAUGCUGAGAUUGAAGCUAUUUUUGCCAAGUACGAUCUGGACGGAGACCAGGAGCUUACUGAGCAUGAACACCAGCAGAUGAGGGACGACCUGGAGAAAGAGAGAGAGGACUUGGAUCUGGAGCGCAGUUCGCUGCCCAGGCCCCUGAGCGGGCGGAGCUUCUCUCGUAGCCAGGACGACUCGGAAGAGGAUGACGACGAGGACAGUGGACACAGCUCCCGUCGCCGUGGCAGCAGUUCUGGGGGCGUGUCUUAUGAGGAGUUCCAAGUAUUGGUGCGGAGGGUGGAUCGUAUGGAGCACUCGAUUGGUAGUAUUGUGUCUAAGAUCGACGCAGUCAUUGUGAAGCUUGAGGCCAUGGAGAGAGCCAAGCUGAAGAGGAGAGAAGUGCUCGGCCGAUUGCUGGAUGGUGUGAUGGAGGAUGAGAGGAUGGGGAGGGAUACGGAGGUGCACAGGGAGCAGAUGGAGAAGCUGGUACGAGAGGAGCUCGAGCGCUGGGAGUCAGAUGACGCCAUCUCUCAGGUCAGCCAUCAGCAGGCCACUCCAGUUGGCCCUGGAGCUCAGGCCCGUCCUCGCAGCGCCCGCCCCUCCUCCUCACUGUCCACUGAGGGCCAAGAUGCUGGGGCCAAUGGGAGUGGACACUUGUAAGACCACUCCUGCUCAUCCCACUGCCAUAAGAAGUAUUACUAAAGUUCAUAAUCACAUCAGUAUUAUAGUUUGUAUGCUGCAGUUUAUUCACAUUGUGCACUUCCAGGUUAGGCAGUAUCAAAAAAAAAAGGUAUGCCAGGAUUGUAUUUCCAGGAUUUGUGCAGGUACAGUUACCUGUUUAACAUCGAACUGCAGACGUCUAUCUGCAAAAUGGACAUUGCAGAUGUAUUAUCAAAUGAAUGAGACUAAGGAUUGUAUUGAGGAUUAGGCAGCACCGGAGCAAAUGUGUUUAGGUUUUUUGGUUUUAGGUGCAUUACUAUGUGGGUCCUCUCUCAAGAUACAGCCCCCCCCCCAAAACGUGUUUGGACACUUUAAUCAUGUAACCGUUGGUAAACUUCUUUAAACUUUAAUGACAGUCUUUAGGUUACUUCAUAAAAUGUUGAACAAAAUAAUAUUUGUUUCAGAAAAACAACAUCACAACAUCAAUAUGAUGGUUUACUCUGUGUGGAGAAGAAUUCUGACCAGACUGCCCUAAGGGUUCUGUAAAGCACAGAGGUGGAAACGUCAAAGUCCAGCACAGUUGGUCAUUUAGUUGCUCAAGCACACCUGAUUAUACUCCUCUGUUGCCAGGUUUAGUGGGUGUCUGUGAGCAGGGGAGCCACCAAACUGCACCAGAUACUGACCCUCCAGGACCGGACUUGUGCAUUCCUAUGUAAUGAGAUUUUGUUCAUUGAUGGGGUGAUGAGUUCAGGAGAGUACAAAGGCAUUUUGGAUGCAAACCUACACACUUAAAGAAGACAGUUCUUCAAGAGUUCUUUAAUAAAGUCUUUAAUAAAAUGGUUCUAUAUAGAACAGUGAACACUCAGAGAACCCUGUGCAUGAUCAAACAGUUCUUUACAUCAUGAAAUCAUUCUUCAUAUUGAUGAAGGUUGUGCUGUCUAAGGUUCUAUACAGAACCUUUUUGAAAAGGUUUUCUAUAUAGCACCAAAAAGGGUUCUUCUAUGGUUACAAGCUUAACAUUAU